AUGGAGGUGAAGCUGUGGAACGACAAGCGCGAGCGGGAGCUCCUGGAGAGCCUGGCCGACCUGUACGCGAUCAUCAAGGCCACGGAGAAGCUGGAGCGCGCCUACGUCCGCGACCUCGUCUCCGCCGCCGACUACGAGGCCUACCGCCUCGACUGCCCCGCCGCCCUCAACCGCCUCGUCCAGUCCGGCGUCCCCGCCACCAUCGAGCUCCGCGCCGCCACCUCCUCCUCCUCCGCGCCGCCCGCCACCGCGGCCUCCGCCUCCGCCAUCGCCCAGUGCGUCCAGAGCUUCAUCACCGCCAUGGACGCCGUCAAGCUCAACAUGCUCGCCAACGACCAGGUCCGCCCCCUGCUCCACGACCUCUCCACCUCCAUGGGGAAGCUCGGUACCGUCCUGCCGCCCGACUUCGAGGGGAAGGUCAAGGUGAACGAGUGGCUCGCAAAGCUGCAUAAGAUGGGGGCCGGGGACGAGCUCACAGAUCAGCAGGCCAGACAGCUCAAUUUUGAUCUGGAAUCAGCGUAUAGUGCGUUUAUGGCCUCGCUUCCCACUGCUGGCCUGUGA